AUGUGGCAACAAUCAAAAAUGCUUGCGCUUCUUCUCUUAACAGUUCUACAGUACGGCUCUCAAGCAGAAGACUGCCUUAAAUGCAUUUGUUUGCAAGAGUCAGGAUGUAAGCCCAUUGGAUGUCAUAUGGAUGUUGGUUCACUUUCGUGUGGUUACUACCAGAUCAAACUUCCUUAUUACAAGGAUUGUGGAACCCCUGGACGCAAAAAUGGUGAAGAUGUAACCACCGCUUGGAAGAGAUGUGCCAAUGAUUACAAAUGCGCCACACAAUGCGUCAAGGCCUAUAUGAACCGCUACAAGAAACAAUGUGCUUCGAUUGGUCAAUCCUCAUGCCAGGCCAUGGCUCGCUUGCACAAUGGUGGCCCUUCUGGAUGCAGCAUUUCUGCUACCAUUAAAUACUGGAAUGCCAUCAAAAAAAAAUCUGUCAUGUUUGAAGAACGCAUAAAACCAACUACCCUAUACCUUUGGAGCUGCUCAAGCAGAAUUCUUUGCUUAUGCAGCGAACUAGGGUCGCCAGAGGAGAAAAUGAUUCGCAUAUUCCGUCCUUCCUGUAUUAUUUUUCAAGAUAACUUUACAACUUACUGA